ACAGAGAUUAACUAACUUGUCUGGGGGCACACAAAUAGUAAGUGUGUGAAGCUGGAUUAGAAAUCAAAUCUUCCUUGACUCUAAGCUCAGAACACUAUUGCACUACCUUUUUAAAGGUUGGAUAUUCUCCUCACAUCAUUAAUUCUUUUUGCUUGCAGGAAUGGAUAAGUGUUUCCAUUUUGUUCAAUGCUCAUCUUUCUACUUGAUGCUUAAACUUAGAUUUGCAUUUUUUUUUUUGCUGUAGUUUCAUCUCUUACUUUUCACUAUAUAUUCUUUCAUUUCUUUCUGUAAUUUUUCCUGACCAUAGGAUAAUCUUAUAUUUUUUAAUUUUAUUUUUCUUAUUUUUAAAGUUUUUUCAACUAACAAUCUGCAGACCUUAUUGUUUGUUACUGACAUUGUUAAAUUUGACAAUUACAAGUCAGGUUCAAUGAAGUUAUUCUUGCUAGCAUCCCACUUUCCUUCCCUCCUUUCAAUUCUUACAAGCUGCACAGAAUCAAUAUUUGUUAAUAUUUCAGAGUGAGAGGAGAGAGGGCUACUAUGACAGGCAUUUCAGUAUACUGUGUUCCCUGUUAAUUACUGGGCAAUUCCAAUUCCACUUGUAGGGUAAAUGCAUCUUUAUCUCUUUUUUUUUAGGAUUGAGGGGAAGGAGUUAAUGUGGGAAUGUUUGAACGGAGUCAUUACAGUAUAGGCUGUCUUUAGAUGGGACCCUUUACAAGCCUGAAGUUUGUGUUCCCACAGUGAACAUGUGAGAUUGGAAGCAUUAUCAGUGGUGAGUGAGGAUCAAUCAUUAUUUGAGUGUGCCUACGGAGCUCCACACCUUGCUAAGACUGAGAUGACUGCAUCCUCCUCCAGUGAAUAUGGACAGACUUCCAAGAUGAGUCCACGUAUCCCUCAACAGGACUGGCUACCACAACCCCCAUCCAGAGUUACUAUCAAGAUGGAAUGUAACUCUAGUCAAGUAAAUGGGACAAGGAAUUCUCCUGAUGACUGCAGUGUUGCAAAGGGUGGGAAGAUGGUCAACAGCCAAGAUAGUGUUGGAAUGAAUUAUGGCAACUUUUUGGAGGAGAAGCAUAUUCUAUCAACCAACAUGACAACAAAUGAACGAAGGGUUAUUGUACCUGCAGAUCCUACAUUAUGGAGCACAGACCACGUCCGGCAAUGGCUAGAAUGGGCAGUGAAAGAAUAUGGUCUUCCAGAUGUCGACAUCUUAUUAUUCCAGAACAUAGAUGGGAAGGAUCUGUGCAAGAUGACCAAAGAUGAUUUUCAAAGACUUACUCCAAGUUAUAAUGCUGAUAUUCUUCUCUCCCAUCUUCACUACCUCAGAGAGACUCCUCUUCCACAUUUGACUUCAGAUGAUGUUGAUAAAGCCUUACAAAACUCUCCACGGUUAAUGCAUGCUAGAAACACAGGAGGGGCCACUUUUAUUUUCCCAAACACUUCAGUAUAUCCUGAAUCCACACAAAGAAUUGCAUCUAGGCCAGAUUUACCAUAUGAAGCAGCCAGGAGAUCAACCUGGACAAGUCAUAGUCACACUACACAGUCAAAAGUUACUCAGCCAUCUUCUUCAACAGUUCCCAAAACAGAAGACCAGCGUCCGCAGUUAGAUCCAUAUCAGAUUCUUGGACCAACAAGUAGUCGUCUUGCAAAUCCUGGGAGUGGACAGAUACAGCUUUGGCAAUUCCUUCUGGAGCUUCUAUCUGACAGCUCAAAUUCCAACUGCAUCACUUGGGAAGGAACCAAUGGAGAAUUCAAGAUGACAGACCCUGAUGAAGUUGCCCGUCGCUGGGGAGAACGCAAAAGCAAACCCAACAUGAACUAUGAUAAGCUUAGUCGUGCAUUACGUUACUACUAUGACAAAAAUAUUAUGACUAAAGUUCAUGGCAAGCGUUAUGCUUAUAAAUUUGACUUCCAUGGAAUUGCUCAGGCAUUACAGCCUCAUCCUCCUGAGUCUUCUUUGUACAAGUAUCCAUCAGAACUCCCUUAUAUGGGCUCCUAUCAUGCUCAUCCUCAGAAGAUGAACUUUGUUGCUCCUCAUCCUCCUGCUUUGCCUGUGACAUCUUCCAGUUUCUUCUCUGCCCCUAAUCCAUACUGGAAUUCAUCAACUGGAAGUAUCUACCCCAAUACCAGGCUUCCAGCCAGCCAUAUGCCUUCCCAUUUGGGGACUUACUACUAAAGGAAAAAUGACAUUCCUCUACAUUAUAAAAUUUUCCAUUGAAUUUUUGUAAAGUCUACUAGAAAAAACAUGAAUCAAAAGUGGAAUGAAAGGAAUGAAAAAGGUUGAUUAUAUUUCAGGCUAGGUGUGAGUGGGAGAUGGAGAAAGAGAUCAAACAGUCCUUUAGAGACAGGGAAUUAAUAAAAUGAAUACUUAAAAAAGCAAAGAUUAAGCUAAAAUGUAAUAUGGACCAAACAUGAAAGACAAUGUAAGUUGAAGCAUGAAGUGAUUAUGAGUAAGAAAAAAGUGGUUUUAGUAAGUUUAUAAACUUCAAUGUAAAGUUUGGUAUCCACAUGCUAACUGGGACUAUACUACAAUAUUAGGAUAAACAAUAUUGAUCUAACAUACAAUAUAUGAAUUCAUUUUUAAACUCUGUAUUUAAAAUAGAAGUAUAUGUAUGCAUAUAUGGUAUGUGUAUAUAUGAAUUUAUAUACAUACUCACACACAGAUUCAGACUGGUUUAUUGUGGAAACCAAUGUGUGGAAUACAAUGGCACUUGCUAUUUUGAUUAAAAUCAAAAUGGAGGGCUAUCAGCUAUUUCAAACUGUGAAGACUCCUCAUCAUUUCCGAAUCCUAUGAUCCAAAGAGUAGGACUAAGAAUGUGUAUAAAAGACAAAUGUAUGAUUGUAGAACAAGAACUUGCAUCUACAACAGGACAUUAGAGAGAAGCAGAAGAAGAGGGCAACAAAGAGUGAGAAAUAAACUGCUUAAUCAAAUAGAAACUGAAAAUGUUAACAUGGACCUUGGAGAAUGAUUUAUUAGGAUAUGAAAUAAAAUAUGAGUGUUAUGCCAUCACUAUUACACAAAGAGAACACUGCUAAUCUUAAAGGGAAAAGUAGUGUGAGAUUCAUAAAUCAGAUUGCACAUCAUUUUAAAAAAGUUUUCUUUUUUAUUAUUAUUAACUGGAAUUAUCUGAUAUUUGGAAGAAACAGUCAGGACCACUAUCUUGGGGCAUAAGGUAAGAGACAGUCUUGCUGACUGUCACUAUCAGAAAUCACACAGAUGUUUUGGUGAAGUGGACAUCACUUUUCCUUUUGAGUCACAAAUGCUGUGCGUUUGUAAGAAUGAAGUACACAAGUCAGUGGGGUUUUUCCUCUUUAUUAUGUAAUAAUUAUAUAACUUAUGCAUUUAUACACUACGAGUUGAUCUCGGCCAACCAAAGACAAACACACAUACACACACACACACACAC